AUCGCCAGUUUAAAAUAUGCCACUCACUGGAGGUACUGAGACGAAAUAUGUAGACGAUCGCUCAACAUCACCUGGACGACAGCAACAAUUGAAAAUUCCGCGCGACUACCCGAAUGCCAAUCCAUACGAUACAAAACCCGGAGAAAAACCAUACAAACUGGAAAUUCUGUGGCGUUACGUAUUUUUAUUUGCAUAUUUACAUAUCGCUUGUGUGAUUGCACUCUUCUUGCCCAUUACUGGUUGGCAGUUCUUCAUCGGGUUUUUGUACGGUUUCAUUAGCUCGUUUGGCACUACCGCUGGAGCACAUCGUUACUGGGCACAUAAAUGCUACAAAGCGACACGUCCAUUGUAUUUUAUACUUUUGUUUUUGCAAACUGUAUUUGUACAGGAUUGUGUUAUCCGCUGGGUGAGAAAUCAUCGGAUACAUCAUAAGUACCCGGACACCAAUGCUGAUCCACAUAAUGCGAGCCGUGGAUUUUUCUUUUCUCACAUUGGCUGGUUGAUGUGUAAGAGGCAUCCGGAUGUCAUAAAGUAUGGAAGACGAGUCGACAUUUCAGAUUUGACGUCGGAUCCAGUGUUAAGAUUUCAGAAAAAGUACUAUUUUCCAUUGGCUCUUUUCGGUGUAUUUCUCCUGCCAAUGUUUCUGGCUACGUACUUUCUCGAAAUGACCUUCUGGACCGCAUAUCACUGGAAUAUUUUCCGUUACAUGUUCGCAUUAAAUCUGACCUUUUGCGUCAAUAGUGUCAGUCACAUUUGGGGUAGUAAACCAUUCGAAAAAGAUAUUACAUCUACUGACACUUAUGCCAUCGGAUUCCUGACAAUCGGUGAGGGCUGGCAUAACUAUCAUCACGUCUAUCCAUUCGACUAUAAAUGUUCGGAAUUAUCACGUUAUUGGUGCAAUCCAACUAUUUUUUUUAUUGACUUCUUUGCAUGGUUAGGAUGGGCAUACGAUUUGAAGACAGUGCCUGAUGAAAUGGUUCGACGACGCGUUUUACGAACCGGAGACGGUAGUAACCGGCACUCAAAAGAAAUAAAGAUGAAACACAAAACGUCAAAACAAUUGGUUGAAACCUGCACGGAAAAGUACAACGACGAAGAGGAAGAACGUCGUGAUCGUUACUGGGGAUGGGGCGAUGAUGAUAUGCUGCAAGAGGACAUCAAUGAUACUAAGAUAAUUAAACCGAAAAACAAAUAGUCAACUCAACAUAAACCAAAUAACGAUAAAUACAAUUUGGCAACGAUGAUCAGGCCUAUUUUCCCUUCAAGUCAAAAUUUAUUAGUGCGAUAACGAUCAUUUAUUUACACAUUGAAUGAAUACGUGGAUGGACAGCCUUUGGCUAACUUUCUCAAACGCUUGUUCUCUGUUGCCAUACGCUCGAUUGCUUAGAGUAUUAACUAGCAAGAUGAAAAUUCUAAGUGCUUGCACAGCUGUUCACCAAUUUGUACAAAUAAAA